CGUGUGAGUACAACAAGAGAAAAGAAAGAACGAAAAAGAAGAACAAAAAUUCGAGGAGCAAUUAAAAAAAUCCAACCGAGAUCAAAUGUUUUAACAACACUAAACAAUCUAAUAGACCGUAUAUUUAAUCGUCAUCGAUAGAGAAAAAAACGAUAUGAAUAUGUUGUCAUUUAUUUUGAAAAUCUAUCGAAAAUAGUUUGCGUUAAUAAAACUCUCGAAAUCAUAUAAAAAAAUAAACAAUACAAAAUUAAAAUCAAUGUUUUUUUUGUUCUUUUGAUGUAAAUGGUGUGAUCAAAACUGAAAUUCUACAUAACUGUUAUGUUAAUCAAUAAAUAAAUGGAAUUCGGUGAAUUUACAACGAAGAAAUUAUCAAUUCCGAAAAAUUAUCUGUGUGCCUCGGUUCCAUUGUGAUUUUCGACAAAAUAAAUUGAUUUUUUUGAUCGGUACAACAGAAAAGAACGAUUUUUUUUUCAUCGCUGGCGUUGAUUCAACACGAAUCAGAAACAGUUUUUCAAAACGAGCACACAAGUCAGUGGAAUGUACUCAACAAUUGUCGGAAUUAUGUCUGACUCCGCAUUCAAAGUUAAGAACAAUUUUACCAGCUAUUUGGACACAGAGACACUCAGCGAGCAUGACUUAUUACAGGAGAGUCUCAAGCCCAAAUUGUUGACAGGUGAACUGGAGGUGGCAACUGCAAAAAAUGUCAUUCUCUAUACCACAUUAUCGAACAAAAGUCAAGAUCGAGAAAAUGGCCUCUGUGGUUUGUUGGUUGUUACGAAUUUCAAAUUGUCAUUUUUAACCAGCGACAAUGAACAGAAUAUUACGUAUCAAGAGAACUUUUUUCUCCAACGGAACGAUGUCACACUACAAAACAUUGAUCGAAUUUAUCAGAUAGUGGAUCGAAAGAAGCGUUUAGUUAAUCCAUAUUCCAAAAUUAAUCCGAAAUUAGAAGGUUUACAAAUUGUGUGUAAGAAUUUUCGUGUAUUGAGAUUUGGAUUUAAGCGGUCCGAACUGGGUCAAGGUAAGCGAAUUGCAGAGGCUCUAACAAAGUUUGCAUUCCCAAAUCAACACGAUCUACUUUUCACCUAUAAAUACAAUGAAAAAUACUACAAUACAUUGCGAAAUAUUUCGUUGUAUAAUAAAAAAAUCGAUUGGAGUUGUGAGCUAAAUCGAUGUGGUGCAAGUAAUUGGCAUGUAUUAUCGUUGGAACAUGAACAUGACAUACCAAGUGGUACAUUGCCAAUGCAUUUUGUUAUACCGCGCAGUCUCACCGAAAGUGAAUACACAAAAAUAGCAAACUCAUUUCGAAAUGGUCGUGGCGCAAUUUGGGUUUACAGUUUGGGCAAUGUAUCGCUUGUGAGAUUGGCUGAAUUGAUGCCAACCAUAACCGAUACACGACAAGAAAAUCGUCUACUUGAGAUUGUACGUAUGUGUGAUCCAUUGAUGCAAGAACCAUUCAUUAUGGAGUUGAGCAAAUGCCUGCCAAGCAAUCAAGACGUUCAAAUCAGCUACACUAAACUAAGAGAUUUAUUGACACCGGAAUCGACGCGUCAAUUUUUGACCCAAGACAUUCGAUUUUACACACUGUUGGACAAAACGUGUUGGCUGCUAUAUGUUUCGUUGUGCCUAAAAUAUGCAAAUGUUGCUGCGACCACGAUGCGAGAUGGCCGAACGGUGGUUCUUCAAGAAAAUAAUGGUCGUGACAUGUGCUGUGUUAUUUCAAGUUUAACACAACUUCUAUUGGAUCCAUACUUUCGAACAAUAUCCGGAUUCGAGUCGCUUAUUCAAAAAGAUUGGGUCGCACUUGGUCAUCCGUUUAGUGAUCGAUUGGGCCAUGUUAUCAACAGUGAUACAAGUGAACAAAGUCCGUUGUUGUUGCUAUUUUUAGACUGUGUUUGGCAGCUUCUACAACAAUAUCCCGAUGAAUUUGAAUUUUCUGAAACAUUUUUAACAACAUUAUGGGAUUCGGCAUUUCUACCCAUUUUCGAUACAUUCCUCUUCAAUUCGGAGCAUGAUCGUCAAGUUGCCUUGAAAAAGAAUCGUUUGGUAUUACGGCCAGUUUGGGAUUGGGGUGAACAAUUUGCCGACAAAGAUUUGGCACUAUUCACAAAUCCAUUAUACAAAAAACCAAUCGAACAACAAAAUAAUGCUCGAAAAUCGUUGGCGGUGAUGUUACCAUCAACAGCCGUUCCAUUGCCAGGACUGCAUCGACCGAAUAAUGCGAGAUUUUCGGUGAAUGUUUCAUCACCUUCACAUGUAUUAAAAUCAACACCAGAAGUUCGUUAUCUACAACCAAAUACAUCCAUUCGUGAUUUGGACGUAUGGAUGCAAUGUUAUUAUCGAUGGCUGCCAGUGCUCGAAAUUAAAAAUGGUGGCAAUCCACAAAUCGAUCUCUUCAAUCGCAUGAUUUUGAAUCGUAUAUCAAAGUUACAACAAGACUUGCAAAUGCGAACAAUUGACGGUGACACAACAUCAAAAACAGCAACAACCGCAACCAAAACCGACGAUAAUUUAUUACAAACAAUGCCGAUGAUCAGUUCAUUUUUUCCAUUCACACGCAACACAACCAAUACCAAUGAAUUGACUGACAUUCUAGCAACAAGCAGCGAACUACUCACCGAAGGAUCCAUUUUUGAUGGUUUAUCUAUUCAACAGGCUGAAUAAACCAUGCUCUUUUUUAUUUAUUUAACGCAUAGUCAUUUUAGAAGUACAUCAUUUCAUUGAUGCUAUGAAAAUGCUUCGACAAAUGAGCGAAAUCCAUUACGAUUAUAAUAUAUAUGAGAGAUACGGUAACAAUACGUAGCUAAUCAUUUUGAGAAAAAAAUGUGUUCGCGCAGUGCAGGAACCGUGCAGCUUGUAUAGUUAGCAAAUUAUCUCUACAAACUAACAAACAAAAAAUGAUUAUAAAUAUUCGCUUCUAUUGAGAGAGAUCAAGAAUGUGAAAUAGACAGAAAUAUUUGAUGAAAUUAUAUUGAAAAAGAAUAUUCCGUUCAUUGGAUUUUUAUCGGGAGUAUUCGAAUUCGUUUUCCAUUACAUAGUUGUUUUCCCCUCGAAUCGCAAAAAAAAGAAAAUGAUUUAUUUUUUACGACAUUUUAGAAAUGUACGAAACAAAAUUGAAAUUUUUGGACAAUUUUUUUCUUGUAUAGUUAUGUUAAAUGAAACAAACACAUGAAAAAAUAAUGUGUAUCUCAUGUCAGAGAUUCAGAGAUUUUGGAAUGAAUAAUAGCAAAUGUUACGUUUUGACUAUUUGAAAUUAUUAUUAAACAUAUUUUAUGUUAUGUGUUAUUCAAAAGAACAAUUGAUGAAUAAAAAAAAUGCAAAUGAAGUAAAUAUUAAA